AUUCAAUAAAAUCAUUUAUUUGUUUGCAAAACUCAUGGAUGAACAAAAUCGAGCAAUUAUUAUUGAUAAUGGAUCAAAGUAUUGCAAAGCAGGUAUUACAGAAGAUUUAAGAUGCUGCUUCCCAGCAGUUGUAGGAAGAUGCAAAAAGCCAGGAUAGCAUUAGAUAGAUGCAGUCUAUGUUGGUGAUGAGGCUUAUGCAAAAAGAUGUGUCUUAGAACUCUAAUAUCCAAUUAAUAAUGGUAUUGUCAAUUGUUGGGAUGGUAUGGAAUAUUUAUAAAUUAUGUAGAUAUGGAAAGAAUCUGGCAUUAUGUAUUCUUUAAUGAAUUAAGAGUUUAUCCAGAAGAUCAUCCAGUUCUUUUGACUGAAAUACCAACGAAUUCAAAAAAUAAUAGAGAAAAGAUGACACAAAGCUUAUUUGAAACAUUCAAUGUUCCAUCAUUCUAUGUUGCUAUUCAAGCUCUCCUCUCACUCUAUAGUAGUGGAAGAACAACUGGUAUUGUUGUAAAUUGUGGAGAAGGUGUUUCACACACAGUCCCAAUCUAUGAAUGUUAUGGCUUCUCAGAAGCUGUUCUUAAAACUGAUUUCGCAGGAAGUGCCUGCACAAAAUAUUUGGCUAAUAUUUUGAAUGAAUUGGAUUAUGAAUUCACAUCAUAAAAUGAGAUGGAAAUUGUUAGAGAUAUGAAAGAGAAAUUAUGUUAUGUUGCACUUGAUUAUGAAGAAGAAAUGAAGAAAUAUUAAGAAAGUAUAGCUAAUAAUAGAUCAUAUGAAUUACCAGAUGGAAAUAGUGUGAAUAUGAAAAAUUAAAGGUUUCGAUGUCCUGAAAUACUUUUUAAACCAAAUAAAAUUAAACCUUUUGAAUUAGGUAUCCAUGAAUUAACAUACAAAUCAAUUAUGAACAGUGAUAUUGAAGUUAGAAAGGACCUGUAAUAAUUUAAAUUUAUAUUUAAGUUAUUAAAAUGUUGUAUUAUCUGGAGGUACAACAUUGUUCCCAGGAUUUAAAGAAAGAUUGGGUAAAGAAUUAGCAUCACUAGCACCAUAAAAUAUAAAAAUUAAAGUUGUUGCUCAACCUGAAAGAAAUUAUUCAGCUUGGAUUGGUGGAUCAAUCUUAUCAUCAUUAUCAACAUUUUAAUCAAUGUGGAUUAACAGAAGUGAAUACGAUGAAAGUGGUCCAACAAUAGUUCACAGAAAAUGUUAGUGUAUUGGUGAGUAAUAGUAAUGA